GAUGAUCACCAGUAAAAGACCAGCAGAGGCAAUCAAAGAAAGCAAAGGAAAGGAGGGUUGGGCAGCAGCCAGGAAAGCCACCAGGGCAGGCAGGCAGCAGCGGAGCGAGGAGGACCAGCAGUCCGGCGAGCCGUCCCCAAUGGCAGCAACUUUGCCCCCCGCUGUCGCUGCCGCUGCCGCUGCCGCUGCCGCUUUUCCCCACCUCCUCUCCGUCUCCUCCUCCCUCUAAUCCCCUUCGCUUUCGUCCAAUCCCAUCCCCUCCUCCUCCCCACCCCCUUACCUACUUAUUCCGCACCCGUCGCCGUCACCGCUGCCGCAUUGAGCGCGGAGGGGAGACGCGAUGGAGCAGUACGAGAAGGUGGAGAAGAUUGGGGAAGGCACGUACGGGGUGGUGUACAAGGCGCUGGACAAGGCCACCAACGAGACGAUCGCGCUCAAGAAGAUCCGUCUCGAGCAGGAGGAUGAGGGCGUCCCCUCCACCGCCAUCCGCGAGAUCUCUCUCCUCAAGGAGAUGAACCACGGCAACAUCGUCAGGUUACACGAUGUCGUCCACAGCGAGAAGCGCAUAUAUCUCGUCUUCGAGUACCUGGAUCUGGACCUGAAGAAGUUCAUGGAUUCUUGUCCGGAGUUUGCAAAGAAUCCCACUUUGAUUAAGUCAUAUCUCUAUCAGAUUCUCCGAGGUGUUGCUUAUUGUCAUUCUCAUAGAGUUCUUCAUCGAGAUUUGAAACCUCAGAAUUUGUUGAUAGAUCGGCGUACUAAUGCACUGAAGCUUGCAGACUUUGGUUUAGCCAGAGCAUUUGGAAUUCCUGUCCGUACAUUUACUCAUGAGGUAGUAACAUUGUGGUACAGAGCUCCAGAAAUUCUUCUUGGAGCGAGGCAGUAUUCCACACCAGUUGAUGUGUGGUCUGUGGGCUGUAUCUUUGCAGAAAUGGUGAACCAGAAGCCACUAUUCCCUGGUGAUUCUGAGAUCGAUGAAUUGUUUAAGAUAUUCAGGGUACUAGGUACACCAAAUGAACACACAUGGCCAGGAGUCAGCUCUUUGCCUGACUUCAAGACUGCUUUCCCCAAGUGGCAGGCUCAGGACCUGGCAGCAGUCGUCCCAAAUCUUGAACCUGCUGGUUUGGACCUCCUCACUAAAAUGCUGAGAUACGAGCCAAGUAAAAGAAUCACAGCCAGGCAGGCUCUUGAGCAUGAAUACUUCAAGGGCCUUGAGAUGGUACAAUGAACUGCUAUGUGGUCCGCGUUGUGUUGGCAUAUGUAUGAGCUGAGUUGCUCGCUUCGUUCCUUUUAUGAACGCUGUUCUCUCUCUCUCUCUCUGCAUUUUUGUCAUUCAGCUGGAUAUUUCGAAUCUGGUGUGUUUUGAGAUGUAUUCAGGAAUGUCAAAUAGAUUAUCUUUGGUCUCUAUUUGUUCCAAGUAAAUAUCCAUCAUGUACUA